UCCGAAUCUCAGCUGGCCUCGACGGAAAGCGACAAGCCGACGGCCGGCCGCGUCUACGAGAGUGACUCUUCGAACCACUGCAUGCUGUCCCCUUCGUCCAGCGGCCACCUGGCCGACUCCGACACGCUCUCCUCGGCCGAAGAGGCCGCCCCCGGCCAAGCCGAGACGGCGGCGGUCGAGGGGGACCCCUCCGCUGUCUCCCUGUCGACCCCGGGGAGGAAAUCCAGGCGGUCCCGGUCGGAAAGCGAAACCUCCUCCACCAUGGCCGCCAAGAAAAACCGGCAGUCGAGCGACAAGCAGAACGGCCGGGUGGCGAAGGUCAAAGGUCACCGGAGCCAAAAGCACAAGGAGCGCAUCCGGCUGCUGCGGCAGAAGCGGGAGGCCGCCGCCCGCAAGAAGUACAACCUGCUGCAGGACAGCAGUACCAGCGACAGCGACCUCACCUGCGACUCCAGCACCAGCUCCUCGGAGGACGACGACGAAGAAGUCUCGGGGAGCAGCAAGACAAUCACGGCAGAGAUACCAGGUAGAGGAUGUUUUUUAAACUGAACUGGCG